CAGUGUGUUGAAGACGCCAUAUGGACAGAGUCGAAGGUCGCACAGAUAAAGUUCACACAAGGCAGAGGAACAGUUUUAUAACUAGUCCGACUUCAGAUAUGUUUCUUUCAGAGUCUGGAGAUGAAUUAGAGGAGCUUCAUUCGGACUUAGACACUGAGAGUGAGUACAGCAAUUGCAGUCUGGACGAGGACUAUGUUCCGAAGGGGCUGGCCCGAGGAUCAGACCAGGAAGACUUCACUGAUGAAGACAGUUCAGAUGAGGAGUGGGAAAGUACGCCCAGAAAGAGAAGUUGUUCCAGGAAGCGUUGCCGUUCUGCUUUUGCUUCUCCAGUGUCAUCGCCCCUGAAAUCCCAGUCUGACAAAAGGGGACCCCACAGGGGUCCUCACAGAAAGAAGAUCCACUAUGCAUUGACCCCUAAACAAGACUCCUCCUCCCCCAGAUCUGGUAAGACAUCCUCCACACCACGCAGGAAAAAUGCAAGUGGAAAGAGGCAAGCAGAAAGGCUGGUUGUGAGUGAAGAAGAUGAUGAAGCAGAUGAUGGAGACCGGUGGCGUAACAUUGAAGAAGAAGAUGUUGCGCCUCCUCAACCACGGUUCAGACCUGAUAGAGACGUAGGGCCGCAGCUGAACAGAACCGCGAAUUACACGCCACUUGAACUUUUUCAGUUGUUCUUCUCUACGACCGUCAUUGAUACGUUGGUUAAACACACCAAUGCCUAUGGGAAGCUGAAAUGCCAAGGCCAGAAGGAAAGCUGGGUGACAGUCACAGCAGCAGAUAUGUAUUCUUUUAUCUGCCUUGUCCUCUACAUGGGUAUUGUACCACUAAAAACACUGAAAGAGUUCUGGAGAGGAUCUAAGCUUUUCAGCCUGCCAUUUCCUGCCUCUGUCAUGCCCUGCAGACGCUUCCUAGCCAUCUCCCGCAGCCUACACAUGAAUGAUCCUGCAGUUGAAAUGGAAAAUGACCAGAAGAAAGGUACAUCAGGGUAUGACAGACUUUGCAAAAUAAAGCCACUAUAUGAGCAGAUUUUAGAGGCCUGCUACACUUUCUUUCAUCCCCACCAACAUAUCUCCAUAGAUGAACGGAUGGUAGCGAGCAAAGCAAGGACUGGAUUAAAGCAGUACAGUAAAAACAAGCCCACUAAAUGGGGCUUUAAGCUUUUUGUUUUAGCAGACUCAGUGUGUGGCUACACCCUGAACUUUUUCGUGUAUGGAGGAAGAAAAGAUAAACCCUCAGGCAAGGGCCUAAGCUAUGAUGCUGUCAUGAGACUGCUCAACAUCCCCUUCCUAGGCAAAGGAUACAAGCUCUACGUGGACAACUAUUACACCAGUCCAACUCUAUUCCUGGACCUCUUUCAGAGAAAAAUCUGGGCAUGUGGGACUGUCCGUUCCACCGUAGCUGGUUAUCCCAAAACGAAAAAUAAUAGUAUGCCAAAGAAAACACCAAGAGGAACUAUCCAGUGGAUCAGGAAAGGACAGUUGUUGUUUGUUAAGUGGAUGGACACCCGGGAGGUAACAAUGUGCUCCACCAUACAUAAAGCAUACAGCAAUGAGAUGGCAACACGUAAAAUGAAAACUGCUGAAGGACAGUGGACAGUGAAGCAUGUGCCUAUUCCAAACUGCAUCAAAGAUUACAAUCGAUACAUGGGGGGCGUUGACUUGUCAGAUGCACUCAUUGGCUACUACAAUGUCCUCCAUAAAACCCAGAAAUGGUACAAAACUCUGUUUUAUCAUUUUGUGGACAUAGCCACUGUGAAUGCCUUCAUUCUCCACAAAGAAAUGUGCAAACUGCAGAAUCGACCUACAGUUACACAGAAAAUCUUCAGGGAACAACUGAUUUUGUCUCUGGCUGAGAUUGGGUCCACUCCACGCAGGUCAGGUCCACAAAACCUUAUGCUGCUGCUCUCGCCUUUCAAAGUGCCUCCUUCAUUCAGAGUCCCUCCUGCCUCCUCAACACCACUUUCUCUGUCCACAGUACCACCUGCCUCUCCAGCCACUGAGCUGCUCACCUCACCUCCCUCCCAAUCCACAGCACCUUCUCCCUCCAAGGUGCCGCCUCCUACAGCCCCUGAUGCCCCAGCUUUAGGUCACCUGCCAGCUUACUUUGUAGAACAAAUGACCAAUGUGGCCUCCAGAGACAGGGCCACUGUUGGCAGAAGGGCAUGCGUGGUCUGUAAAAGAAAGUCACCAGUGUAUUGCAGCACUUGCCGAAAAACGCUCUGUUUUACUACUUUAAGGAACUGCUAUAGUAAGUGGCAUAGAAGCAGUAACAUCUGUAUCUAAGCGACUAGCCUUACUUGUCAGUCUGUAUAAAGGGUCUUUAAUAAGCAGAGUGAACCAUUUUAUUCAGUUGUCCUUCAUAGAUGUGCCUUUGAUCAUUACUAGUGAACAAGUCAGGUGUAUCUUGGUUCUUUUGUCAGACUCACAUAGAUGCAUAGUCUAAGCUGUUACCCCAUAAGGUUGUUGCAUCAUGCUUAUAUGGUUAAACUGAGUACUUAAAAAGACUGCUCUCAGAGGGUCUCCAGGUAAUAUGAGAUGUCUUGUAAUUGGUAGAAUAGAUAAUAACCUUAAAAACCUGUAGAUAGUGAACUAACAUGAUAAAUCUACCUGUUAUGUUGACUUGUAGAAUUAACUUUUAAGAUACCCCCCUAUGCUUCAGUAUCUCCUAUUAUAAUUAAAAUACCAAAAAAUGUUUCUAAAACCAUUAUUGAAAACAGCAGAGAACAAAGCAUCUUACCUACCUAGUUGCAUGUUACAGUGCUGCCUGGUUUCAUUUUAUGGAGAGCCUAGCAGCAGCUUUGCUUUAGCGACGCAGGAGGGGGUUGCAACUGCCAUUCAUGGGAGUAAUAAUGUUCAGUGGGUUCUCAGUCUGUGAGGGAUUCUGUUAGGUGGUCUUUGACCAUCCUGCUUUAAAAAGCAUUAUCUGGCAAAGUGACUGGGAGUAAAACUGGACUACAUGCUGUUGAGGAGAAGACGCUGGGCAAUUUUAUUUAUAGAUCUCAUCCUAAAACUGCAGCUACUUGGACUGAUUACCUUAAUCUUGUGAGGUUCACAGAACUCCUCAUCUGAAAACUGGACUAUCAUCCAAAAGCACCUCUGAAGAGUGAUCUUACACCCAGUGACUCAGAUUCAGCAUCAUAAGUGGAUACAUAUCUAUCUCCGGGGGAGACUGCUGUGAAAACACGUACCUCACGGCAUCCUCUUUUGUUGUCUGCAACUAAGAUUCUUCUCCGUUAACUUCUUGUAUACUGUAAACUUGGAGGAACAGGAUUGAUACUCAGGUAUAACUGAUGCUGAAGAUGUUUUUAAUGUAUCACCGAGUAUGUUUACAUGUGCACUAGAGUCAACAUGGAGUUGAAUUAUCCUGGUGUUCAUAGUUGUAAUAUGUUUUUGUUUUUUACUUGAAAUAUAAGAGUAACUGUUCAGUCAGCUCUCCAUUUCUGUCACUACCCAGGUUUGGAUUGUUUGGCUGGUGGUUGACUCUGUCAUCUCACAUAAUUUCUGGCAUUCAUAGUUGCCACAGCACUUGAGGAUAAACCCACCUUGGUUUCUGGCUACAUUUAACAGCCGCUAGAGUUGGCUUGUUCGACUCCCCACAGCCACUGUGGUGUCACUUUGAGGAUGCACCAGCACAGGUGGUAGGUAGCAAUUAGAAACAAAUGUAAGGCGUUAUUACGCCCAGUACGGUCUCAGGUUUUGAUGCCAAUAUAAGAACAGUUUGUGAAACACACUGACUUGUACAAAUAAACACACAGUUUUAAAUGUGGUGUUGUUGGUACGUCAACAACACACCGACUUGUAUCUCAGGAACUUUCUUUCCACUGGAUCCAAACAUUUCAAUUGCUUGUGUAUAUUUAAGGGAUUUUGUGUUAACAGAAAUACACUAUCAGUGUUAUUGCUAAGUGAAAAAAGUAGUUACUUUCCUUUCCUUAUAGAUAAAUUGGUUGUGGAAGUGAACAGGUGCACCCCUGUUGAAAAGCUGACACAUUCUCCGAAAGAGAACCAACACCUGGGCACAUAAUUUUGGAUUAUAUGAACACAUUACCAAAGCAAGUGUCAGAGCUGUUUUAUCUUAGUGCCACUGAUUAAAUUAAUUACCUCUCUAACACGUCCAAAUCUUUUCCCGUGUCUCCUUUGUCAUUUUUUUAACAAAUUAUUUUUUAUAUUAU